AUGCCCCGCUCAUUUUUGGUGAAGAAGAUCAAGCUUGAUGAUUUCUCUUCGUCUAAUGUGGCCACCUCCAAUCAUCAUCACCACCUGGACGACUCGUUCACUUUUGCACGCUCCAUCACAGACUCGGUGACCAGCCUUGGGGUUCGUCUCAGUGAGAAUGGCUACAUCCAGGAUUACAUCACGCCAUCUGUAUACCAGGGGGAGAAGAAGAUGGAGCACAAGCUGGCUUCGCCGGUGUCGGACCCCCUGUACACCCAGGUGAGCAGCGGAGGGGAGUACUGUGACCCCGACCUCAAGCAACCCGACAGCCCGCAGUCUGGCAUGACAGCCAGCGGCUUCUACAGUGGUGAAUCGGAGGCCCUGGCCGAGGGUUACACCAUGGAUGCCUUCUUCAUCUCUGACGGGCGCUCGAGGCGGAAGGGAGACAGCGAGAGUCACGAAGGGGGCUCGAGAAGCAGCAGUGCCAACGCUGGGGCUCAGGAGAGGGGAGCUGGCACGCCUCGCCACUCCUGCAACGAGUGCGGCAAGACGUACGCCACCUCCUCCAAUCUCAGCAGACACAAGCAGACGCACCGCAGCCUGGACAGCAAGAUGGCCCGCAAGUGUCCCACCUGUAAUAAAGUGUACGUGUCCAUGCCGGCGUUGGCCAUGCACAUCCUCACCCACGACCUCAAGCACAAGUGCGACGUGUGCAGCAAGGCCUUCAGCCGGCCGUGGCUCCUUCAAGGUCACAUGCGCUCACACACGGGGGAAAAGCCCUUUGCCUGCGCCCACUGUGGCAAAGCCUUUGCUGACCGUUCAAACCUCCGCGCCCACAUGCAAACACACUCUGCCUUCAAGCACUACAGAUGCAAGCGCUGCAAUAAGACCUUCGCUCUCAAGUCCUACCUGAACAAGCACUAUGAGUCAGCUUGCUUCAAGGGCUCUGCAGACGAAGACGACUCUGGAUCAGAAGACUAA